UUUCUGACAGACUGAGGUGACUGACUGACUAACUGACCGAAUGACUAGCUGACUGAAAUGUCCGGCUAAGUGACCAACUGAUAGACUGUCCGGCUGAUCUGACUGAAUGAUCGCUCGACUGACUGAUUAAUUAAAUCGAAUUAACUUUCACAUAUAUACGUCUUAAUCAACAGGUUUAACAUGAGAACCGCUGUCGUAUUCGUGAUAUUAAUCAGCUCUUUAGAGGGUUUCUUGCCAGAAGAACCAAGUGUUUACAUCCAGGUAUCGUGGGACAUGUCAUGGAGACGAUUCUGCUUCUUUAUUCCUUUAUUUCGUGAAGAAGUGUCCAGGGAGCUUAUCGAAAUGAAGUCUGACAAUUCCUAUAAAGUAGUCAAUGAGACCAGAGUUCGCUUGAUGAACGAUAAAAACAACUGUGCAGGUGAAGGCAGUGGUGACGAUGCAGUGGUCGAAUUCUUCGUCUCAAAAAGCCAAAAUGAUCUCGGUGCUUCAGAUGUAGAUAGGAACAUCACGAUUCGUGCUUACAAGAUUCUCCACGACUACUGGAGAAACAAGAAGAUGGUUCUUUUGGAUCCUAUCUUUCUAGGAAAGGUUAACAAGGUGGAACUAAUGGGAACAGACAAGCCAGAUAUUCCAGAGGGUCUUUCAGAAGCAACAAGAGUCGGAAUAGGAAUCGUUGUUGGUCUGGUGAUAGCAUUUACAAUCGCUAUUGUCUUCCUAUGCUUGUCUGCCAGGCGUCAAAUGAAGCAGAGACCGCCUCAUGGAAUUCCACUAAAUGUUCUACCAUCUGAACCCAAGAUAACAAUGGUUGAUGAUCCAGCGGCUUAUGAUAUAAACAAACAAGAUGACCAACAGUAUUACCGACAAGAUGAGCCACAGUAUGACCAACAGUAUGACCAGCAGGAUGGGUUUGCCAGACAGAACAGCGGUAGCGUCCAUGGGUAUGCUGUGCAUCAUAACACGAGAUACGAUGAUGAACCUUUGGUAAGCGACAUGAGAUUACAACAUUGUGCAACUUGGAUUCGGCUUGAAUACAUCUGUACUUGCUUCAACUUAGCUAUUUGCAUGAGACAAUUGCGACCUUGACAAAUUUAGUUUCUCCUUUUUAACUGCCUUCUUUUGCGUCACGUGGGUCAUUUCGUGCAGUCAAGGGAACAGAUCCCUGUACUCCAUGAUAAAUAUUUAAAAUCUAUAUAUGAUCACUUUUAGAGACCUGCGAACAAUGAAAUAAUUUACAUAUCGAUACAUAACGUCUUUCUAGAACUUGCCAAUCAGCUAGCGACCUUAAAACAGCAGAACUAAGACUAAAUUCAGGGCUCGAAAUUGCGACUCACUGGUCGCCAACGCGAC